CAGUGUGAGUCCCAGUUGUUGAAGCUAGCUGUCGUUGAGGUAUGUUGGUUGGCAAGAGUUCCCGUCCUGUAACAGCAGUCAGCGACCGUCCACACAGCGGGAUAUCAGUGACCACAGCUGGACUUGUCACAGUGUUUACCUGUUAAUAGCAUACUGGAGCUAGCAGUAACAGGCUAUGGUUAGUAGCCUUAGUGGGCAAAGCAAGGUCCAAGAUGACUCAGGUAAGCCAUCAGCAGUGGGGAGAGGUGCCCGGCCUGGGUGGUGUGGACCUGUGGGUCCUCCAGUCCUCCCAGGUGCGGGUGGAGGUUCUCACCCUGGGUGCCAUCAUCAGGUCUGUGUGCAGCAGAGGGAAGGAUGGUCAGAUGGAAGAUGUAGUCCUGGGCUACGAUGACCUGGAAGGUUAUGUCUCAGAUAAGCGCUAUCUGGGAGCUCUGGUAGGCCGCGUGGCCAACAGGAUCGCACGGGGACACUUUGUAGUGGAGGGAAAAGACUACCAACUGGAUAUCAAUAAUGGACCUAAUGCACUGCACGGAGGGCUACGGGGCUUCAAUAAGGCUAUCUGGCUUGCUACAGCAGUCGACGGUGGCAUUCAGCUGAGUCUUACAAGUCCAGAUGGAGACCAGGGUUAUCCUGGAGAGGUUCAAGUCUCUGUCUCCUACACCCUACAGGGGGAAACACUAACUGCUGAAUACCAAGCCCGGUCUAACAAAACCACCCCCAUCAACCUCACCAACCACUCCUACUUCAACCUGGCGGGACAGGGUGCAGCAGAUAUGUACGACCAUGUAGUGUCCAUCAGUGCUCAGUCCUACCUGCCUGUGGAUGACACAUCAAUUCCUACAGGAGAGAUCAGAGGAGUGGAAGGCACACCCUUUGACCUCAGAAAGCCUGUUCUGAUUGGCCCUCGGCUGAAGGAAGUUCCAGGUCCGGGGUUUGACCACAACUUCUGUCUGUCACCACCCGGUGAUACUUGGGCAGAGAGACACGCUGCCAGAGUGUGUCACCCAGCCAGUGGGCGUGUCCUGGAGGUUUCCACCAGCCAACCAGGAGUCCAGUUCUACACUGCCAACUUCCUGGAUGGCUCUAUUACAGGAAAGGGCGGGGCUAGGUACAGGAAGCACAGCUCCUUCUGUCUGGAGACACAGAACUGGCCCGAUGCCAUCAACCAGACCUCAUUUCCUGAUUGUCUCCUGCGUCCUGGUGAGAACUACCGACAUGUCACACGCUUCACCUUCACCACUGACUGAUCCGACCUCUGCCCACAGUUGGACAGAGAAUUAUGGAUUCAUAUCCAGUUUUCACAGGUUAAUCAUGAGGGAUGCACGAUAUGGAGUUGUUUUUAGCCGAUAUGAUAACCGUUAAUUACCUGCUUCUCAUGGCCAAUACCGAUAAGAUAAAAAUAAUUUCACAUUUUUGUGUGAUUUUUUAGUGAACAAAGAUGGAUGAUUUAACAUUCAGUAGCUCUGUUUUAACUUAAACUGACUUCACAACGACAAACAACAGUUCUGACUCUUCAAAUGGUUAUUUAGUUUUUCUAAUAAAGUUCAUCAUGAAAUUUCACAAACAUUUACUUUAAAGAAACAUACCUUAUCAGCUGUAAUUUAUAAAUCGGGAUAAUUUACUAUAAUAUAAAUUUCCCAUUAUCAGCCAACUUAUCUGCCCUGAUAAUUAUCAUGCAUCCCUGAUAAUCGUGUCUUGUACAAUUACAGCAGCCAGUGCCUUUUUCACACUGUGUGAGUGAUCUGAUUUAGAUUUGUUAAUGUGAAGAACUUUACCACACCAGUGCUGUGACCGGUUUACAGCCUGUGCACGUCAGGUGUGGGGCAGUGACGUGAUGCUCAUAGUCCCACCUGACCAAACACUGUUAGUUAUAAUGAGGUUUAUGAUCCUGUGCCAUUCUUACAUCAAACAAAAAAGUAAUAAUAAAGAGCUUACUCACUCAAGCUGGUUAUUGCCAUUUGUUCCAGUUUGUUCUUUUUAGAAUCAGAUUGGUCCCUGUUCACUGAUUCAUUGUAGUCCAUCUGUCAUUAUUUAUGCAGUGUUAAGAAUCAGAGAGAAAUCAGACUGUACACAUUAUUUAUGUUAUGUAAGAUUGCACCGUGUGUGUGUGUGUUCAACAUCUUUACACAGGCUGAACUAUUCCUAGAACAAUAGGAGAGGAGGCAGGUUUGGGUGAGAGGGCAUCCUACUACACUGCUAGGAGACAUGUUGUGUUGCUAUGGCAACCUCUUAUCUGUUGCUCAGAGAGAGAUUUCAUAAAACGUGAUGGAAGUUGCAAGCCUCGCUGCCCCAGAGCUGGAGAAAAGAACAGAGAGCAGACCUCCAUCAAACAGCGUCUUCCUUUUUCUGAUUUCUGUUUGACUGCAGGGAGCAGACUAGUGUGAGACAGCCGUCACAGUCAGCGUCACAAACCUGCAGCUGAAUUUCACGCAGGGAGGAGUGAGGGCUCUGAUUCCCACUGUUAACAGGAACACUGACAACAACACCCUCUCAGGUAGUUCAGUUUAGUUGGUUUAUUUCCUGCCGUUAACCAGCUCUUCCUUUCGAGUUUGUUGCAUUUUGUUAAUAUUUAAGGAGUAUUGAAUUAUUAUGGCCCUAUUGUAAGAAAGGAAUUAAUUUGAUCCCAAAUUAAUCGCAUUUUAAGGUGCUCAAAAGUGGGGGAAAUUUCUUUCUGAUAUGGGUGUGGCAAAAUGGUAUGAUUAACGCCCCCUACACAAUUUUAAGAAAGCAGCCCCCGCAGCAUGUUUAACCUACAUGUACCAAAAUCGGAAAGCACAUGUAUCGUGUCCACACUGACAAAAAAGUCCAACAGGAAGUCAGCCAUUUUGAAUUUAAUGUGCAAUUGCUGCACGGUUUUUACCAUUUUCCCGGGGUUGUACUUUAACAAACUCCUCCUAGGGGGCGCAAUCGAACCAUUUUGCUUUCCCAAGUGUGAGACCCAUAUGACAUGUCAAUUUUCACCACCACUGACCACCACUUUAGGAGAUCCCUUCUUAAUGCAUUUUCAGUGUAAGGGAUGGGGGACGAAAAAUCCACAUUCCUCGUUUUGUGCAGAUGUGUUCCAUAAUUGAUCUGAACCUUAUAUGAGGCUUCGGCAGUCUGACUUCAUCAAAUCAAGUGGAUGUCUUAUCUUCAUAUCUAGUGUAGAGUAUUGGGCUGCAGUGGAGGGACAGUAACAAAGAGAGUUCAUUGUUAAUAAAUGUAAUAAAUAAAUUGGCUGGGUAAAUGACAAAACUCAAUACAUUUUACUGUUCCUAAUAGCUGCUUUUAAGAAUGGAUGAUGGAUGACUGUGGAAAUUUACAUUAUUAAAAAUCAUUUCAUUAAAACAUCAAGCGCUGUCUUUGGUGGUGGAGUUCUCCUUUUUGACUGCACCUCCAGGCAGAGCAGUCUAAAUUCAGCUCACAUUCCCUCAUACCAGACAGACAUGGCUUUCUUGCAGCAAAAGCAGUGGGUUGGUGUCUGCUGAUUGGUGUGUUUCAGUGUGCCAGCUGCUGUCAAUCAAACACAGACACCAACACACUUCUCCAGCCAGCUGAGGCAACAGAAGCAUUUGGAUACUUCCCUGAAUAAUAAAAAGCUAUUAACAGUACAUUUUAACAGCACAUUGAUUUUAUUUUGACCAUAUAAAUGGAUGAUGUGAUUUUAGUCAAGUGCAAAAGCUCAAUUUACAUUUUGUAUGCAAAUUUCUAAUUCACAUUUAAUUAAUUAUAAAUAUGGCAGUGUUAUACUGUCCCUCAUGGAAGUUGCGAUCCCAAAUAAUGUAAAUUAAACCAAUAUGUGAAUUCUGUGGGAUCACUGCGACCGCAAAUUCAACGAGUCGAGUUUUCACCAAUUAUAGCAGUCCUUAAUACCUUAAGUCAUUCGUCACCAAACUUCUUCUUUUGAAGAUGCCUUCGAUUUUUAGUAAAUUUAAUUGCACUGUAUUGCAAUUUUCACUUUCUUUCGCAAUUUCGUUAGAAUAAAAAUGCUUACAAACACAUGCAUAACAAGUUUUUAGAAUAAAGUCUGUGAAAUCAGGCACAAGAAUCCCCCAAAAAGCCACAAACAUUUUGGAGGACCUGGUUAUACUUGGCAAUACACACUGAAAAUAGUUUGGCGGUAGAACCUUUAUUUAAUUUUGACAGUAGUGAUUCAUUGACAAACAUGAAAAUGAAUGAUUUUGUUUUAAUAUUUCACCCCUGAACUCCCCUUAAAAGAUUUUCAGGCGUAAUAUUGAAUAACUCACAAAACUAAUUGGAAUACUUUUUGGAUUGUGAAUCUGAUACACAUAUUGUAAUUGCAAAUAGCAAAAAGUUUCAUUUAUAUGCUUCUGUCAUGAUAGUUUAUAAAACAAUAGAGUUUCAGAGGGCCCAUGGUCAGAAUAAAACUACCCUGAAAUAUAAGUGACUAAAGCUUUUUUAUUGAAAACAUUUGAAGGGAUAUUUCAGUGCAAAACUGUAGAUUCUCAAAAUGUAUGUGUAAUAAUGUUCACCUAUUUCACUGUCCUGACACUGCCACUAACAUAUCCCCACUGUCUGCUCCUCACUUUACAACUGCUGACAGUAUUAAUAAUACAUGAUUAUUGAUUUACAGCGCUGCUACACUGUAAGUCGCUCUAGAAUAAAGUGAUCAUCUACACCAAUCCAUGCCAAAAUGUAGGUGUAAAUCCAUCUCAAGAACAACAUGUGCCUUAAAAAAGAGAUGUUGAAAGGAGGGAAUGAUAUGAGGGGGGAGAGAGCCUGCAGCAGAACAGAAAACUGAUGAGGUGGUGAGUGGGAGGCUUUUAGCUGAAACAGUAAGAGGAGAGUGGGGCUGUGCAUGAAUCAUAUGAAACUGCAAUGGAAACAAUCUAUGUUGGAAGCAAGAGUUUCAAUAAAAAAUUCAGCUGUGUAUUUAUUACAUUUGAAAGUAUGAGCUUAGAUCUGAACUGAAAUAAAGCUAAUUUCUCUAACUGAUAAA